AUGAAGUUCAGUAACAAGAAUGAGUUUAUGGAUGCUGUGAGAGAAUUCACCAUUCAAGAGGGUAGGGAGAUUAAAUUUAGAAAGAAUGAGAGCUACAGAGUCAGAGCUAUUUGCAAGUGGACAACUGGAGAAGAUGAGGAUAUGGUUAGAUGUCCAUGGGUUGCUUACGCAUUCAGGGAUUCUGAGGAGACAUGCUGGCAAUUAAAAACAUUUAAAAAUGAACACAUAUGUCCUAGGAUGAGCAAAAACAGGGCAGCCAAUAGGAGAUGGCUUGCUGGCAAGUUGGUAAAAAAAUUGAGGAGGUAUCCGAGCUUAAAGCACAGUGAAGCUAAAGCAUAUUUCAGGAGAAGGUGUGACCUCGAUCUAAACAAAUCAUCACUAACCAGAGCUUUAAUGGAUGCAAGAAAUAUUGUUUACGGUGAUGCAGCUGCCCAGUACGGUUUGGUUAGAGAUUAUGCAGAAACUCUACUGAAGAGUAAUCCUGGUUCAACAGUAAAGAUUGGUACAUAUCUUCAAGGGGAUGAUCCUAUAUUUGAAAAAAUGUAUGUAUGCUUGGAUGGAUGUAAGAAGGGUUUUAAGGCUGGCUGCCGCCCACUGAUCGGACUCGACGGAGCCUUCCUGAAGACUCGGUUCGGUGGACAACUCUCAGCAGUGGCUCAGGACGCCAACAACCAUAUAUAUCCAAUUGCGUGGGCAAUCGUUGAUGUUGAGAAUAAAGAGAAUUGGAGGUGGUUUUUGGACCUGCUGCUUGAUGACUUGGGUGACUACAUGGCUAACAAAUGGGCUUCUAUGUCAGACAUGCAAAAGGGUUUGGCUUCAGCAGUAAAGGAGCUCAUGCCCAAUGUACACCAUCGAUUCUGUGUCUGGCAUCUCUGGAAGAAUUUUAAUAAAAAGUGGAAAGAGCAGGAGUACAGAGGACUAUUAUGGGACUGUGCUAGGGAAACAACACGCCAUGGUUUUGAUCAGAAGAUGGAUAAGUUAAAGAGACUCAACGAGGGAGCUUGGGCAUAUUUGGAUAAGUGGCCUAGAGAAGCAUGGACUAGGGCAUAUUUCCGACACGAUCAAAAAAUUGAUAAUAUAUGUAACAAUGCCUGCGAGGUUUUUAACUCGAGAAUCAAAGAAUACAGAGCUAAGCCAAUAAUCACCUUGUUAGAGGAGGUUCGGAUGUUUACGAUGCGGUCCAUUGCAAAAAACAAGGUUAAGUUAUCCCACCAUGUUGGUAAGCUCCCACCAAUCCAACAUAGUAGAUUGCAGAAAAUCCGAAAAGAAUCUCAAAAAUGGACAUCGAUUUGGAGUGGAGAUGAAGAGUAUCAAAGAUUUGAGAUCCACGGUUGGCCUACCAACAUGGCUGUUGACUUGGGAAAGAGCAUAUGCACCUGUAGAUUUUGGCAAAUAACAGGCAUGCCAUGUGUCCAUGCAUGUGCAGCCAUCUCCAAGAUAAAUCGAAAUUCUGAGGAUUUUUGUCAUUAUUGGCUGACCAUGAAAGCCUAUAGAGAUACUUACAAGCACUCUCUCAAUCCAAUACCAGGACAAGAUCUUUGGGAGAGAAGUGAACAAAAUAGGCCUCUUGCACCUAAAAUGAAGCGAAAGCCAAGGUCGACAAUCCAAAAAAGAUGGAAGGAUGCUGAUGAAGAGCCAUCUAGUGUUAAGAAGUCAAAAACUGAAACCAAGUUGAAGAGGAAAUACAAAGAAUUCACAUGUACUUACUAUGGUACGAGAGGGCAUACAAAGAGAAGUUGCUUUCAUAGGAAAGUUGAUGACCUUGCUAGUGCCCUUGUUAGUGCAGCAGCGGCUGUAGUUGCAAAAGAAAAAGGUUCUAAGGCUAGAGAGACUAGAGAUCCAGCAAAUGCUGCUACUAGUAACACUCAACCUGCUGAGAUUAAUGAAAAUGCUCCAUUAGCACCAGGGGAAGGUGUUGAUGAUGCAAAUGCUUCAGAGAUUGAUCUCACCCAACCCACUUACUCACAGCCAGAAAAUCAGGAACAGGUCCCUCCAUCAGACCCACCUCCACCUCCACAACAGGUCACAAGGCCUGACAAGCUGCAAUCGAAGAGGAAAAAAAUUUUCAGUGUGGACCCAAUGCAAGGAGCAACUUCUGGGACAGCUGCACGCUUGGCAGAGUUUAUGACAUUCGUCCCCACCCCGGGCUUCAAACCACCAACAACAAAAUAG